AUGCCAAGUUAUGACAGCGUGAAAGUGGCAGUACGUGUAAGACCUUUCAGUCAGAGAGAGAAGAAUGUCGGCAGCAGAUGUGUGAUCUCUAUGAACGCCAGCACUACAAGCAUACAUGACCCCAAGAAUCCGAGCCACGUGAAGACAUUCACCUUUGACCUGGCCUAUUGGUCCCACAGCGGAUUUUUAAAGGACCCUGAUGGCAAGCUCAUUUCAGCUGGGCCAAACAGCAAAUACUCAGGACAGAGAGAAGUUUUCCGUGACCUUGGACUGGGAGUUCUGCACAGUGCGUGGCAAGGUUACAACGCGACCUUGUUGGCUUAUGGCCAGACUGGCUCAGGGAAGAGCUAUUCCAUGAUUGGAUACGGUGCCAACAGAGGCAUCAUUCCCGUGGUGUGUGAAGAGCUCUUUAAGAGCAUUCAAAACCAAGAGAAGAAUAAGCAGUAUCAGGUGACGUUUAGCAUGCUGGAAAUUUAUAAUGAACAGGUGACAGACUUGCUAUCUAAAAUCAAGAAGCAGGGUGGACUCAAAGUAAGGGAAGAUCAGCAGCAAGGCUUCUAUGUGGAUGGCUUGAAACGAGUGCCUUGCGACAGUUAUGCCCAGAUUGAGAGACUAAUGGAGCAAGGUACCAAAAUAAGGACCACUGCUUCAACAAGUAUGAAUGCCACCAGCAGCCGAUCUCAUAUGCUCAUCACCAUCCAGUUCAAACAGAUUUUAUUGAGAGAAGAUAUCACUAAACAAUCAAUUAUAAAUCUGGUGGACCUGGCUGGCAGCGAGAGACAAAAGUCUUCAGGAUCAGAAGGAGACAGACUGAAGGAAGGCUCACGUGUAAAUCUGAGCUUAACCACUUUAGGAAAUGUUAUCAGUGCUCUGGCUGAGGCCGCCAUGGGAAAGAAAGUGUUGCAUGUCCCAUACAGAGAUUCGGUUCUUACAAAACUCUUGCAAUCUGCUUUGGGAGGAAACAGCAGAACUAUUAUGAUUGCAGCUAUUAGUCCAGCAGACAUAUGCUAUGAGGAGACAUUGUCAACACUACGCUACGCUGAGAGGUAUGAUGUUUUCUCACCUUAUAUGACAAAUGAGGAACAAGGGUCAACACUCAACAGUUAUGUUGGCAUAAUUAUCACUUUGCACAGUCCCACUUACUCCUUCAGAUUAAGUUUACAUAUAUAUAUUUGUUUUCCCCUCUGUUUUUCAACUGCAAGAACAAAAAAGAUAAAAAACAAAGCAGUGAUAAAUACAGGUCCAACAGCAAAGCUGAUAAAUGAGCUGAAGGCAGAAAAUUGUAACCUGUUCUCCAGAUUGUCAGAUCUUGGAAACUCUGGUAAAAAAGUGGAAGAUGAAACAAAAGAGCUUCGUUGUUUACUUGUUGAAAAUGAACUGAGGAUUCAAGCCAUUCAAGCUACCUGGGAAUAUCGGCUGGAAGAAGCCCGGAAGGAAUGGGAGCAGCAAUAUGCCGCAGUCACUCAGGAGAGAUGGAUGGUGGAAACAUUUCCUUACAUUGUGAAUAUCAACGAAGACCCUCAACUUUCAGGUGUUCUCAAGUACUUUGUUCAAAAAGGUUCUUCUGAAGUUGGUCAGUCAUCCUCAAAUGCAAUAAUUCUGAGAGGUCUGGGUAUUUUGGAUAAGCACGCAACAUUUACAAAUGCUGAUGGCAAAGUUACAAUAACUCCUCGGGAUAAGUGUAAAGUCAUUGUCAAUGGGGUCCCCAUUGUUGUAAAAACCAAACUACAACACCUGGAUCGUAUUAUUUUGGGAUCGAACAAUGCCUACCUCUACAUUGGUCCACCUACUGAUCGCACCAGGGAGGAUCUGAGCAGAUAUGAUUAUGAUUUUGUUCAGUCGGAGCUGGCAGCCGCAGAAGGUUUCAGUGUAGAUACACUUAGUUCUGCAAAUAGGAAAGAUGGCAAACCAGAUCCCAGUGUCCUUGCUGUCUUCCAUGAUUAUCUUAAGUUAAUGCCCCUGGUUGCUGAAGCAAAUCAGAUGAGUGUGGAGCUGAAGAAGGAUUUAGAGAUGGAAUUGAAAGUGAAGAACUUGGCAUCUUCUGACUCAAGAGGCUACGACCUGCAAAAAGAGGUCAUUGUGAAAGUGGCAAACAAAGUUACUAACCAGGUGUGGAUAUGGUCAAAGCCUAAGUUCAUCAAUAGGAAGUUUUUAAUGGAAGAGCUUUAUCAAUGUUUUUUGGAUGGAGAAGAUGUGCAAGUUGACAAAGAGAAUGAUCCAUUCUGGGAUCCUGUGGAAGUAAUUCAUUUAGGGUCAGCCCAUAUCUGGCUCCAGUCCCUUGCUUACUGCAUGAAACUCGAAGAACAAACAGAACUCUUGAAUUCUGAAGGAAUGGAGGAGGCCAUCAUACUAAUCAAUAUAAUCCCGUGUUCUCCAAAUGGGAGAAUCUUUGGGGAGGAUGACAUGAUUAUUGAUCCUCUGGAGUUGCUUGGUAAAAGGAUUGAUUUCCAGAUCCACAUUUUACAGUGCCUUGGAAUCAAAUGGAUUAAAGAAGUGGCACAUAGAGGGAUACAGAUUGGAUAUAAAAUUUACGACCUCUCUUGCUCGUUAUACACAAAACCUACUUGGAGAAAUGUGAACCCGAAGAUAGAUGAAGUCAUGAGAUUUUCGGCUAUGAAGACAUCCCAUGAUUUUUUGAAUUACCUGCAGAAAAAUGCUUUAAUAAUUGACUUGUGGGGGCUUCAAGAAGGAUGUGAAGAACUGGACUCAGCUCAGGAACACAUGGAAGUCACUGGUGAGGGCACUAUUAUCAUUGAUAAACCUAAAGCUGAGGUUCUGAGCUACACUGGUCUGGAAUGCGAAAAUAAAACUCCUGAACUUUACCAAAAACUACAAAAGCUAGAACAAGAGACUGAAUUGCUCAGAGAUAUUAACAGAGGUCUACGGGAAGAAAAUGUACUUCUAAAGGAUAAAUUGAAAGCAUGCGAGCCAGAAGUUCAGCAGAGUAAAACCAUAAAAUCACCCACCAAAGCCCAAGCGACCAAGCCAACACCAACAGCACCAAAAGACUCUCGCCUGGUGUGUUAUUCCCGAAUAAGCUGUGACGCCGAAUUCGCUAAAGCUCUUAAAGUCUUUUACCAGAAUAUGAAUGUCAUCAGAGGACAGUUCUUAAAAAUAAUGCAAUACAGAGCUCCGGAAGAAGACAACAUUCAACUACUUCGACUUUUUGCAGAGAGGCAAUCAAACAUGUUAAAGGAUUUUGGAGAACAACUUGAGUCAAGCAUAAAUAAAUUGAAAAACGAUGUUGCCUUAAUAGUUAAAAAGAAACGAGAAAGGCUAGGUUACAGUAAGCCAUGAAGCCACACUGCAGUAUGCUGUCACUAAAUAAAUUGUAAUGCUAUAGUA